AAGUAAGUUAGUUCACUAUCACUUUCACAACAGUGUGUGGCUGUCUGGCUGGAAGGUUCAUACGCGGCCAUAAAGGUAUAGCAAAGAUGUCUUCUAAAUCACAGAAACACAGAGACUUUGUGGCAGAGCCCAUGGGAGUGAAGCCGGUGAAGGCUCUUCCUGGCAUUGGUGACACACUGGCAGAAAAGCUUUCUGAUAAGGGCUUUGACAAGGCCUAUACUGUCUUGGGUCAGUUUCUCAUGAUGAAGAAAAAUGAAAAGCAAUUUACAGAUUGGUUGAAGGACAUCUGUGGCGCCGAUAAAAAACAGGCAGGUGAUUGUUUUUGCAGUCUGAAAGAAUGGUGUAAUUCAUUCUUGUAAGAAUAUUGCCUUCCCAAGUCCAGCCUCUGAAGUUCAAGAACAGCAUGCUACCUGCAAUAUCCAACUAUGAGCAAGCAAGACAUCUUGGUGCAUUAAAUUGCCACCAGGUGUACAAAGAAGACGACGUGCAUCUGGU